GCUUUCUUCUUUUAAUAUGGCUUCUCUUGACUUACAGGUUUCCAAUUAACUGUCACUUUAAAUAUUUUUGUGUAAAUUUGCCUACCUAUCUCAGGAGCAUCAGUGAUCUAUCUCAGUGCAUCACUUCAUAAAAUGGCAUCAAUUCUUGGAGGAAAUGCAGAGGAGCGAGAAAUUACCCGCAUUGAGCGAAUUGGUGCUCACUCUCAUAUUAGAGGCCUUGGGCUCACUGAUGACCUCACUGCUAAGCAAUCAGCUCAAGGGAUGGUUGGCCAAGUCAAGGCUCGAAGAGCUGCUGGUGUUGUACAGAAGAUGAUCAGGGAGGGCAAACUCUCAGGGCAGGCUGUAUUGAUUGCGGGGCAGCCUGGCACUGGAAAAACUGCCCUAGCAAUGGCUCUUGCUCAGUCACUCGGCUCUGACACGCCGUUUACUGCUCUUUCUGCUUCCGAAAUUUACAGCUUGGGCUUGUCAAAAACCGAAGUGCUGACACAGGCGUUCCGUCGUUCUAUUGGUGUGCGCAUCAAGGAAGAGACAGAAAUCAUAGAGGGAGAGGUAGUGGAAGUGCAAAUUGAUCGCCCAGUGUCUGGCAGUGGACCUAAAGUGGGCAAACUUGCUCUCAAAACCACCGAAAUGGAAACCAUCUAUGACCUUGGCAACAAGCUCAUUGAAUCUCUGACUAAGGAAAAGGUACAAGCGGGCGAUGUGAUCACGAUUGAUAAAGCCACUGGCAAGAUAAACAAACUCGGUCGCUCCUUCACCCGUGCACGAGAUUAUGACGCUACUGGUCCACAAACAAGGUUCGUUCAGUGUCCAGAAGGGGAACUGCAGAAACGCAAAGAAGUAGUUCACACCGUCACUCUGCACGAGAUCGACGUUAUUAACAACAGAACGCAAGGUUUCCUGGCUCUAUUCUCUGGAGACACCGGAGAAGUCAAAACGGAAGUGCGUCAGCAAAUCAACAGCAAAGUGGCCGAGUGGCGGGAAGAGGGCAAGGCUGAACUCGUCCCUGGAGUGCUCUUCAUUGAUGAGGUGCACAUGUUAGACCUAGAGUGCUUCUCGUGGGUGAAUAGAGCACUGGAGGAAGAACUUGCACCGGUUCUCAUUGUGGCAACGAACCGCGGCAUCACGACCAUCAGAGGCACAAACAACAAAGCGCCUCACGGCCUGCCUCUCGAUCUCCUCGACAGGAUGGUCAUCAUUCGCACGGACCCAUACUCGCAGAGUGAAAUAAAACAAAUCCUCAAAAUCAGAUGUGAAGAGGAAGACAGCGAUAUUGCCGAAGACGCUCUGACGGUGCUAACCAAGAUCGGUGUGGAAACUUCGUUGCGGUACUCGAUCCAACUCAUUGUCCUGGCCAGCCUUGCGGCUUCCAAGAGGAGUUCUCAGCAGAUCACGGUGCAGGACGUUAAGAAAGUCUACCAGCUGUUUAUCGACGAGGCUCGGUGUACGCAGUUCCUCAAAGAGUACGAAGACGAGUUCAUGUUCGACGAGGGCGACCAAUCCGCAGAGCCGACGGCCAUGGAGGUCUAGUUCACCAGUUAAGGGAAUAGCGUCACUGUGAACGGACAAAAAUAUUCAACUGGUUGAAAUUCGCCACCAGUGAAGUCAUAAUGAACUAGAUGUUUCCCCGGUGAAAUAAAUUUCAACUGAAUAAUAAUUACGCAAUAAGCA